UUUAGUCAAAGCCCUUAAAAUAUAAUCUUUGCUUUGGCAACCUUCCACUAAGCUUUUUCGAUUCAAGUAGCUUGGUGCAAUUAAAAACAGCUCUCACUCCCAGCCUCCUCCCUUCCCUAGUGCGGGAGGACCCUGUGGGGCUCAUAACUACGAAUGUUGACAUUAGCAACCACCUAACAUACCAUGUGUCUAUACACCGGAUUGGUUCUUGACAUACAGCUUUCCAAUGUUGAUUUUUCUGUUACAUUCUGGACGGUAAAUGCAGUCACACAAAACAGUUCCAUCAUUUAUGUAUAUAAAAGGCUCAGUGUUUUUUUGUUUUUGUUUUGUUUUUGUUUUGUUCUGUGUUUUUGACUCGAAUAUACGUGUCGUCCAUAAAUCAGCUGAAUCUACAUUUAAUCCACAGGCUGUUACCACGAGUUCUAACAACUGAUGAUAAAUGAAGCUUUCUGUGUGCGUGCGUGCGUGCAAAAACAAAAAUUAAUAUGUGAGGGACUGACAAACCAGCUCACUACUAAGGAUCGACCCACUGACUUGAAGGGAAACAUCAAUCAGCGUGUGAGCUGUGGGCAGGCAAGCACUUAGCGAUAACCUCGUACAAGAGUGAAGGGCUGCACAUCUCUCGGUACAUUGUGCACAAUGAGGUGCACGGCAAUGGCCACCAUCAAUCAUCGCCCUUCGAUUCGCAAGUCAGCGGCCGCUGAACGCAAAAUAAGCGAAACGCUAGUUUGUGUGGUGGGGUCCCUAUUUGGGGGAACUCUCACCACAACACUUCCCUACACCUUCAUUGUCAGGCGUCUCACAAGUUUGCAUAGUUGACUCCACCGUCUCCUUAGUACCUGGCAUGACGUGCUUAUGCCUGCUGCCUGGUUUUCACCUGUAAGACCUGAGACCAUCCCCCUAACUGGCACUUAGUAACCCUGGCAACUAAUAUCCUAAACUCCUUCCAUUGCCUCCAAACGGUCUUCCGAGAAGCUAAUUAACGUCACCGAGCCCGCGCGCUAUGUCACUGCGGCCGUCAGAAGCUCGCGCGGUAACAACAAUAAUAAAGGCAUACCGAUGCCUCUGAAGACUUGCCAGGGUUCGAGUGCUUUUCAAGUCUUCAAAGACUCAUUAUCGGAGUGGCGUGCGACUUGCACAACCCUGCCACCGGUGCGGACUUGUCGUCAGUAGAUGGAAGGUGUUAUUGGCAAGCAUGGAAUGGUAGAUCAAAAUCGUAAGUACGAAAACUGUAGAAAUCACGGUUACCAAUCGUAUCAUGUGAUUUGUCAUUGUGGUAUCGUGUUUCUUAUUGCGUAUAUCGUCCUUCACACACACACAUAUCACAGAGAGACUAAGUAACGAAGAUGGCAUUCAAUCAAAUUAGUCAAGGGCCAGGUUGAAUUCCAAGUUUCAUUCAAGCUACACACGAUUUUGCAAGGUUCAAAGCUUAAUGCUGAAAGCUCCACCGCCAAAAUGCCAGCCAAGUCCCCAUCUCAAAGCAGCAAAAAGGGGUCUCCCUCACCACGCAGUAGGCAGGGUCAGUCUCCCAAACAGUCACUGUCAUCCAGCAACAGAAAGUCUUCUGCAAAGUCUCUUUCACCAUCUGGCAAGAAGUCCCCAGGUCGACAAAAGUCUGCCUCACCAAAUCGAAGCCCAGGUUCUGGCAAGACCAAAUCAGGAAGUCCAAUAUCCGCCAAGACUAAAUCAGGUAGUCCAACAUCUCGAUCUAAGAUUCCAAAGGAGGACUCACCAGGAGCAUCAGCAACAACAAAAAAGAAAAAUGUGAUCAUCAAGUCUCCUGAACUGACAGAGAGAGGCCUGAAGAUUCUGGAUUUUUCAGGGCAAGGAAUGACCACUGUACCCGCUUCCCUUCUUAACACCAAAGAUAUUGGUGUCUUGAUACUCGCUUCUAACAACCUGCGUUCAUUACCAGUAGAAAUGCGGCGUAUAAAAUCUCUCAUAAAGCUGGAUAUAAGCCGUAAUGGAAUUCGAUGCGUUCACCCUGGAGAUUUUUCUGGUUUGCCUCAAGAGCUGGAAUCACUCACAGACCUGGAAGAGCUCAAAAUCUCAGAAUGCAACCUACCCUACAUCCCACCUGCAGUUUGGAGGCUGAAGAAACUUAAAUUACUGGACAUCAGCCGCAACAAAAUCAACAUCCUUCCACCAGAAAUUGGAAACCUUACAGAGCUAAAGAGGCUCAAUCUCCAGCAAACCAAUAUCACAUCCUUACCCCCCGAGAUUGCCUACUGCCAAGAGCUGGAAGAAAUUCUUCUCUGGGGAAACUCUAUUGAAAGUCUUCCAGACACACUUCCUGAGAUGCCCAAGCUGCGAGUCAUGGCUUUAAACUACAGAAGCUUCUGUGGAGUGGUGGAUCCCUACAUGGAGAAUCUGCUUCGAAAGAGACAGAUCAAUUCUGAGCACAUUCCUGUGGUUGUUUUUGAAUUGCCAGCUCUGGAAGUGCUAGACCUGGAAUGCACUAAGCUAAACAAUCUUCCAGAUGUUUAUAACACCAAACUAAAGGAAUUUUAUUUGUGCCAAAACUUCCUCCAGUAUGUUCCAUCAUCUGUCUACAAUCUCAAGCAUCUACAGGUUCUGGAUAUGUCCCACAACAUGCUUAAUAACUUACCAGAUGACAUUGGCCACCUACUUAGCCUCAGGAUCCUCCGAGUCAACAACAACAACUUUGAGCGCAUCCCUGCUACAAUUGGGCAGUUGGAAAACCUAACAGAACUGAACAUGGCUAAAAACCAUAUCCGACACCUGCCAGGGGAAAUCAGGGGCCUCUACAACCUCAAAACUAUGGUCCUGGAAGGCAAUGAUCUACAAUCCCUGCCUGAUGAAAUCUGUGAGCUGAGAAAUCUUGAGACCCUUGACUUGACCAGCAACUCUAUCCAUUUCCUACCUAUGAAGUUUUAUAAGCUUGUAAAUCUAAAAGAGGCUCAUGUGUAUCGGAAACUCUCAAAGCAUGGGCUGUGGCUUUAUCAAAAUCCUUUAGAACAGCCUCCCCCUGAGAUCUGGUGUACAGAGAAGACAGAAAAUAUUUUCCAGUACCUUAAAAAGCUGCUUAUCAUGAAGACAGAAAACCUUCAGCGUCAGAAAAUUCUGAUGCUGGGCAACUCACAAACAGGAAAGACCAGCUUGAUGCAUGUGCUGGCUCAAGGCAAAGCCAGCCUCACAGAGGCUAUUACUGAUGGCACACGUCUGCUGAACCAGAUGCCAUGCAAGACCGAAAACAAUGUACCCUUCAUGCUGUUAGACUUUGGUGGUGAUUCUGCAUAUGAACCAAUAUAUCACCUGUUCCUAGACAGCAAAGCAUUAAGUAUGAUCAUCUACAACAUUAACACCUUUAAGCAGGAGAAUUUCUACCAUAUGAUAGGUCACUGGCUAGAUAUACUUAACUGUUUCACACCAGGAAUAGUGGUCAAAAUUGUAGGGACCCACUGCGACCUGCUGUCAAAGGAGGAAAGCUCACUGGAGGAACUGACAAGGCAGCAGGAAAUUGUGUGUCAGAUGGUGAAGCACCACCUACAUGACUACCAAAAGCAUCUACAGGCUGAAUUGGACUCUAUCAAACUUGAGCUGGACAUGUUUGACAAAACCAAUGAAAAGGGCAGUGAACUCAGCAGCAUGCAGGAAUCUGCUCUCAAGAUGCUUCACACCCGGCGGGACCGCCUCAAUGACAUCUUGUCCUGCCCACUGCGGGUUCUGCCAAAAGUGUCAGCAGUUAGUGCCAGCGACUCGCUGGAAGGCAUCAAAGAGCUAAUGAAUGAUCUGGAACAUCUGGCUAUUGAUCGAACCCUCUUUCCUCAUGCUCAACGAAAAGUACCUCAACACUGGAACAGGCUGAAGGCUGCCAUCAAGCAGCAGUGUGGUAAUUACUUACUGUGGAGUCAAGUGAAGAAGAUAGCAGUGGGGUUUGAUGUGCACGAUGCAGAGCUGGAAGACUGUGUGGAGCAUUUCCAUGACACAGGGGAGGUAUUCUGGUUCAAAAAGAUCUCAGGUUUCUCUCACAUCUUAUUUCAUCGUCCACAUAUUCUUGUUGAUCUGCUAGCAUCUCUGUAUCGCCAUGACAUGAACCAUUUCCUCCAGUACCCAGAAAACAAAGUUUUCUACAGCAAGGGUUACCUCAAACCAAAAGCCUUUUCUGAAACGAAGGAGUUGUUUCUCCGUUAUGGUCAGAUAUCAAGGCCGCUAAUCAACUGUAUGUGGUUUCACCUGAAGAUGGAAAACAACAUCAUUGAAGAUUUUCUGCAGCUGCUACCCCUAACGUGCUUAUGCUACACGAUCCCAGAGACAGAUGUGACAAGCAUGCAACUACAUCAGAGGCCACUGAUGGUGCUGCCUUACUAUAACCACGACACAGAUCUUACUCCCCUGCAUGAAGUGUGGCCAGAGGUGCAGCCCAGCAAUGAGAAAAAUCUUCGGGUCAUGUAUCAUUUUCCCAUCAUCUUUCCAAUGGGUAUUCUGCAUGAGGUUGCUGCAAGUAUCCAAGACAUUGUUCUGACACGCAUGGACUGGAAGGACAUCAUCUAUGCAACUACAGAAACUGCAAAAUUUCUGCUCCGAAAAUGUGUGGAUGCUUCAACCAACACUGGCACACUAGUGCUAGCUGUACGUAGCUGUGACUUCACAGUUGUGCAGGAAGUAUUGAAAGAUCUUAUGGAACUUGUGACAAGAGUUCUCACACACUACCCUGGCCUAUACUGGAAGCUAGAAAUUCCUGGAAGCAGCACCACUAUGCUGCUUAAGCAUAUGUAGGUGCACACCUGUAGAUGGCUCAUUGAGAUAUUGUAAUAUAUUUUAUUCUUGUUCUCUGGAUUUGGGGUAAUGUGCAUGUGCUGGUUCAGAAGUUUACAUUAUGUCUGAACAUAUAUUUAUGACAACCAUGCGUAAUAGCGAAUGCAGCUCCCACAACAGUUAUCUGCCUAUCGUAAUGCAUUAUAAACAUUUAUGACUUAUUUCUUUUAAAAUGUUCAAAAGGCUGCUUAUUAUGAAGACUGGAGUUAAGAAGGGAUCUGCUGAUGAAGCAGUGAACCCAUAUCAAGUUUAUUCUAUGACUAUAGACAAAUUUCAAGAUCCUUCUCACCUUUCCUUCUAUAGUUAUAUUUUUGUCAAUCACUUACCCAAGAAGGGAAAAUAUUUAAACCAUUACAUGAAUAUCAAGGAUUUAUUUUUAAUACAAACCUUUGAUGCAAAAUUACCCUACCCAUAUUAACAGAAAAGCAUUUCAUGACAGGAUUUAAUACCUACUAGAAGAAGGAAUAUGAUUAAUUUUAAAUGGUAGUGGUGUGACAAA